GGGCGGGGGCGGGGCUAGCUGCCGAGAAGGAGCGGUAUAAAUUGCGGCGGCGGCGGGCAGCUCCUGCUCUGCUGGUUCGGGACCCGGCUGGGGAUGGCGAGCGCUCGGGACUACGCUGGCUCCCUGGUGCGGUCUCUGGUAUCCGUGGGAGCAUCUGUGGGAUCAGUGACAAGACAGACCCUGUUCCCACCUCUUGUACCUGCAGCCCGACCCUUCCGUGUAUCAAAUCAUGACCGCAGCAACCGAAAAGGAAUUGUUGCAAGCAGCCUGCAGGAACUCAUUAGCAAGGCCCUAGAUGCCUUGCUGAUCACUGCUGGACUAAUUACUCUAGUUUUGGAGGAAGAUGGCACAGUUGUGGAUACUGAAGAGUUCUUUCAGUCCUUGGGAGAUAAUACACACUUCGUGCUUCUAGAAAAAGGACAGAAGUGGACACAAGGAGAAAACUAUAUCACCUCUGUACGGCAGACUAAGAAAAUGGGGGUAGCUAACAUUACCCUGGACUUGUACAAGCUGAAUCCAAAGGACUUUAUUGGCUGCCUAAACAUUAAAGCUACUUUCUAUGAAAUCUACUCUGUGUCCUAUGACAUCAAAUGUAUGGGAGCAAAAACUGUGCUGCGGAGAGUGCUUCGGUUAAUGUCCCAUAUGGCACAAAUAACUGGACAGUUUCUUCUCUACACUGGAUCUUAUGUGUUGCAACUGAUGGGUGAAUAUGAGGAAGAUGGCAUGUGUACAAACUGAAGGCAGUAGUUACUAGCAUUCUCACUUCUGAUGUCGGUGGCACCUUUUCACUCCACACGUUCUCCUGUCCACUUAUAAAGAUGGCAUGUCUUGUGGUUUCAUGAUCUUAAAUUAUAAAGUAGAUGAGUGUCCAUUAAAGUGAACCUAACAUGAACUUAAUCUUUGUCCUUUGGCAUACUUGCAGAGCUUUUCAUUGUAAGACAAUGAUGAAACAAUUGUAAAUGAUCGGAGUCUUCUUUUAUGCAGUGAAUGAAAAGAGGCCUAAUGCCUAGAAAUUAGACAGAUGUUCCCCCUACACAGAUAUCCAAAAUGAAGAUAAGGUAUACAUGGAAGCAGGGACUUUUUAAAGUACUAAUUUCUCCUACAUGGAUCAGAAGGUAACCAACCAUGUUGCACCCUUCUGAAUGGAUUCUGUAACUUUUAAGUUUGUCCUCAGUACUGUUCAUAUUAGUGUUCAUAACCUUGGUACUCAAAUUCCCAGUCAACUUGUAUGUUUUCUCUAUCUGUAAAUAAAUAACUUGUGUUUUAGUAUCAUUGGAUCUGGUGUCAAACUCUUUAAUUAAUCUGACAGUGGAAAUAGUUGCCCUUAUGUUAAGGCUGGCAUACAGGCUGGCAUACAGUUGUUACAUGACAAUACUAAUGUGUAUAACCAUUGUCCUGUAUAAUUUCAGUAUGUUUACCAAAGUAAAUACAGCCUUCCAUGCUGAUGCACUGCUAACUGUGCUGCUUUAACUGGCAUUUGGAAGCCACUACAAACGGAUCUCAAUGUAAAUCUACACUUGCUUAACUUGCAUUUCUCAAUUCAGUAUUGACAAUUUCCAGCCUUGCAUUGAAUAAACUG